CGAGGAUAGAGCAGAGCGCUCGCUCUCCACCAUGACCACUACAAAUCACCUGAAUUAUCAAUAACUCCCGACUUUUGAGCGCUUUCCGAGGAUCAUUUGAUUAUUAGAGACAUACAUGGAGGCUGUGAGCACUUGGAGUCCCCAGCAAGUCCUGGACUGGAUGACUGGUCUGGAUGACAGCCUGCAGCAGUACCUCCCGGCCUUUAGGUGGCAGCAGGUGGACGGCGACAAGCUUCUGAAGAUGACUCACCAGGAGCUGACGGCAAUGGGCGUGGUCAAGGUCGGGCAUCAGGAGCUCAUGCCGGAGGCGGUCGACCUGCUCUGCGCACUGAACUACGGCAUGGAGUCGGAAAACCUGAAGACGCCGGUGGCCAAGAUGAGGCUGGCCUACCACAACCUGAGCGGCGCCGUGUCGCAGCGCCGCAAGAACCCGACCUACCAGAGCGACAGCGCCCACCGGCCCUCCAACGACUUCCUCACCGCAGUGGUGGAGCUCAUCGCCGCAGCCAAGAGUCUGCUGUCCUGGAUGGACAGGACUCCCAUGACGAACGCGAGCGAUUUCAUGUCCACCAAAAGCACCAUCAUUCAAUUGUGUCUGGAGCUCACCUCCACGGUCCAGAAGGACUUCACCGUUUAUCAGAUGGAGGAGAAGAGUCUAGAAGUGUCUCAAGCUCUGAACAGCCUAUGUGAGAAGACAGCCCGGGCGACCGCCGACCCGCCCAGGAGCGAAGUGUCGUGCGUGGAGGAGGUUCACAUCCCUGACAUCAAGCCCGGAGAAGGCCUGGGCAUCUACAUCAAGUCCACCUAUGACGGCCUUCAUGUCGUCACAGGAACCACAGAAAACUCCCCCGCAGAUAAGACCAAGAGGAUCCACGCUGGCGACGAGGUGAUCCGAGUCAACGAGCAAACGGUGGUGGGUUGGCAGCUGAAGCACCUGGUGGCCAAGUUGAGGGCGGAGUCAGGAAGCAUACGACUGGUACUGAAAAAGAGGCCGUUGGGAAUGACCGGCGCUUUCGCUCCGCCGCCACUGAAAAAUAUGCGCUGGAGACCCCCCCUCGUUCAGGCAUCAUCGGGCCUCCCCAGAUGGCGUCAACCUUCGGACAGCUCUGCACACAUAGAGACCGUAAUGAUGCCCGUCAGCCCUGGCUGGUUGCUAGGUAACAAUUACCUGACUGUGCUGUGCUGA